UUUCUCCGGACAGCUUCAGUGUAACACACCGUGCGCAGGCUCACUCGUUGGUUUUGCAGCUGAAGCUAAACUUUGUGCAAAUUAAACGGUAGUUGUGUCUUGUCUCACAAGGAACGGGUGGACGUGGCAUGCCUAAAACUGUCGGAAUAUUGCGAGUUUUUACGAAGAUAACAAACUAAAAAAAUCAGUACCGGUGUGUUCGCAAGGCUAACUAGCGCUUGUUUUGCUAGCCAGCUAGCUCAACGACACUGAGCAACGUUAUUUGGCUUAAGACCAUUAAAAUGUGUUUCCGUAUUUCCCGAAUAAUUUAACAUUUCGCGACUUUGCACACAGAUCAGAUUUUUUAAAAUGUCUCUACCGCAAGAUAUAAACCACAUUCCCUAAAGGGUGCUAACAGCUAAAUUGUACCAUUAACUUUUUCGAUAAUGUGACUGACUGCUGCCCUAUGCAAACAGGAGAGAAUGGACAGGGACCUAUUGAGACAGUGUCUCACGUAUCAUGGAGAAUCCUUGUUUAAUAAAUUGAAAUGCGAGCAAACAGAAAACCCAGACUUUCAAGCCGUGGUGGCUGACUUGUGCAAGGCCACGAGUGAAAGCAGGGGUGAAGAGCAGGGCAACCUCCUUGUGGAACAGUUCAUAGCCAGGAAGGCUGACAUCCUGUUCUGUCCAGCAUGGAGGACCGCCACUCUUCAAGGAGAGGAGCACGAGGCGGAGGAGGAGGCUGCAGAGCCCUAUGCCAUCAUGCCUCCAGCUGAGUUAUUCAUGGAGGUAUCAUAUGAGGAGAGAAGAUCCAUGCUGUACAGGGACUUGGAGCGAGGAGACGUUGUGGUGGGGAGGAUCAACAACAUAAGAGAAUAUGGCUUCUUUCUUACUUUGCUGUGCAUGGCAGGAGGACUGAGGAGAGACAUAGAGGACCUAGAGUUGUCGGCUCUGUGUCACAUCAGAGAAAUUCCCUCCACUGGCAACCACGAUGACCCUCUAUCCUACUACCAGAUUGGGGACUUCAUCAGAGCUGGAGUGAAAGACAUCGACCGCUAUCAGGAAAAAAUCACAGUGUCCCUCCAUCAGGCCUCUCUUUCUCCCAGCUUAGAGCACAUCAAACUGGGAGUCAUUACCCGGGAGGAGCUGCCCAUACACUACAGUCGUAGCAUUCGUGCAGCCAGUGACUCCAGUGAGACGUAUGAGUGUAUACUGAAGAGCUGCCAUGGCUACCACAACCCCUCUGUAGUGGACUACCUGCUGGAGAAGGUGGGAAUUAGUGACACCCACCCACCAUCAAUGAUGAGAGGAUUACAGAGUAAACUUUUCCAAGAGGAGGAUUUUGCCUCUGCAAUCAGAAAGAAACAGUCUGCAUCAUGGGCCUUGAAGUGUGUACGUGCAGGUGUGGAUCACUUCAAACACGGUCGUCACGUGGAAGCCAUGAAUGAGUACAACAAAGCCUUGGAGAUUGACACUAAUAAUGUAGAAGCACUGGUGGCACGAGGAGCUCUGUAUGCUAACAAGGGCAGCAUCAUGAAGGCUAUAACAGAUUUUGAACUGGCCCUGGAGAGCUGUCCAGAUCACCGCAAUGCCAAGAAGUACCUUUGCCAGACCCUGGUAGAGAGAGGAAAACAGCUUGAAGAACAGGAGAAACUAGUCACGGCGGAGGGAUUGUACAGGAGAGCUUUGUCUCUAGAUGACUCAAAUCCUGAGGCACAAGAGGCCCUGAACAAGAUCACAGACACAAUACAGAAAUCAAUUCGCCUGCGAGAAGAAGCGCUAGCUAAGGAGCAGGUGAAAGCUAAGAGUGGCCAGACGAGCGCUGAGAAAUUGCGUAAGAUCCUAAAAGAGGAGAAGAGGAUGAAGAAAAAACGGAAGAGGUCAGCCUCUUCUUCAUCAUCGUCGUCCACUUCUUCCAGGAGCUCCUCUUCUUCUUCAUCAUCAUCAUCCUCUCGCAGGAGAUCCAAAAAGAAGAAAAAGAAGCGUAGGAGGUCUGAGCGUGGCAGUAAACGGCAUCGUAGGAUCUCCUCCAGGGAGAGCAGGAGGAGUGAGGAGGGUAAGAGCGAGAAAGACAGGAAGGAGCAAGAUGAGGAUGAGGUGGAGUGGUAUCCUGCACCUCCCAACACCUCUGCCACCUUUCUCAACCAGAAGGGAGGCCCAGUGUUUGGAGAGAAGGAUGAUGAGGAGGUAGAGGAGAAGGAUGCAGAGGAAAGAAGGAUUAGUCAGCUUUAUUCUUUGUCAGCAGCCUCAGAGAACGAAGAGUCUGACUCCUCGCAGAGAGACCGAAAGAGAAGGGACAGAGAGGAAAGCAGGACAAGGAGAAGGAAAAACAGUCUGAGCAGGAGCCCAGAAAGAGAGGAGAGGAGGAGCAAGAGUAGAGAAAGGAGGGAUAAGAACAGGGAAAGACAGAAGGAAGAUAACAGGAGAAACAGUGACUCUAAUAGGAGAAGUAGCUUAGAUGAGAACAGAAAGCGAAAAGUAUCCUGCUCGUCAGCUGACUCCGAGUAUUCACGCAAAUCAAGCAUCCGAUCUGAAUAUUCAGGAUACUCUGCCUCUGCUUCCAAACACCCGGAGAACAGGGCGAGACGUGACUCAUCGAAGAGGAACUCCUUCGAUGGUGGUAGGUAUGAGAACAGAGGGAGGGAGGAAAUUUGUGAUGCAGAAGAUGUGAAAAGAGAGAAGGAAAGUAGAAAGGGAGGAGUGGAGGAGGAGGAGAGCAGCAGGUCAGACAGAGGACUCUGUAAAAGAUCAGAAAGUGCUGGAAACCAUAAGGAACAGAGAGGUGUGACCUCAGUGCCAGGUGAAAGGCCUAAAAAAGACCUUCCUGCUAACCUGCUAGAUAUUUUCAAUCAGAUUGCUCAGUUUGAGAAAGAGAAAGGGGUCAGGCCAAAAAAAUAACUCCAAAACAAAAGCCCAGAAUAUGCCAGUACAAGUGUUGCAGAAAAGAGAUGGAUGUUAGUGCCAUCAAUUCAUCCUCUGGACUGUGCAUCAAGAUAGUACUCCUGAGAGAAACGGCCAAAUGUGUUGCUGACUGAAUGUCCCAAGUUGUUGAGAGUUACCUUCAGUGAAAAAAAUUAGUUGUUUUACUUUGAAAUGUCUAAUUCUUUAUGGUAGAUGUAAGGCCUGUAGUCAGCUGCAAUAAUUGCUGGAAAAUAGCUGGUCAAAAUGUAAUAAAAUAUUCAUCUGAAUGGAUCAAAACUAUGAGUGAUAUAAUGAAAAUAUUAUCCUAAAUGAUGUGAUAACACUGUAUUAGUAUUUUUACCAGUGACCAUUAAUGUUAUUCAUUUCUACUUAUUAAUAUCUUAUUAAAAAAUACAUUUUGACAAGUUAUUUGGUUAUUUGGCCAUUCAGUUGCUACAGGCUUUAAUAUCCGUUUUUUGUUCAUCUUAAUUUGAGACUUUUUUUCUGUUGAGAAGAUGUUGCCUUAUGUUUAUUGCCUUGUGCCAGUUUGUGCAUUCUUUCUGUGGCUUGUUAAAAUCUCUUCCUGGACAACCUGACUGUUAGCUCCUCGGUACUUUUUCCAGCUUUAUACAAUGCAGAAGUUCCAGUUGUAUUCCAGCACAUUUUCUCCUGUUGUAAAAUGAAUUCAGUUGAAUCAAUAAACAAUUUAAAAUGCUUUAAAA